GUGCCGGAUUCUGCAUUUUUUAAACGUCGGGGAUAAAUGCAGCGGAAGUGGGGUGCGUACGGUAGAUUUGUUCAAACUGCCAAAUGAAGCUUUUCCGGCAGCUGUCCGCUCAUGUCAUUCCUGAUUAGGUUCUCCUGUUUUUAAGCACGCGCAGGAUGCACGAGUACCGUACCUCGGUUGUGCCGGUUCCUGACGGGCCCUGAAUGAUGGAAGCAGCAUGAGUUUCAGGUGGUACUCUGUGUGGUCUGGACGCUCAGGGAUGUUUGAAUGGGGGUGAUGGCUCUUGCUGUGCGCCAUUUAUUUCUUUUCUCGCUUUUGUAUUCAGGGAAUUGAUGACCGUAGGUUGGUGCACUCACACCCCGCAAUCUCGGAUCUCGAUAAUCCGUGCUCUUAUACUUGUACCUCGUUGUCUAUACAAAUCUCUGUUUAUUCAAAUUUCUUUGCACACCACAGCCUAACAUGUUGCACCGAUCGCUUGCUGCAUCGGAUGGAUUCUUCGGAUUUUGGCGUCCGGGAUACCGUAGCUGUGUGUGACAGUACAAGCAAAGGAAGCCAAGGUGUGGGAAAUCUCGGCUGCGCAGAGAAAAAAAAAAAGAAGAGACACAGCACUUGAGCGCUAGCACGGUACCAUAGCGGGGUUUGAGCACCAAUAUGGUAGAAGUUGAGGUACGGUAUCAUACCGUAUUAUGCUUUGUGCAAGAGGAACUGAGUGGCGUGAUGCAUCUCAAUAUACAAGUGUGAUACUAGCACACUCGCGUCCGCAAAGUGUUCCUAACGGUUGGUGUGCCGCCAUGUUUCCCCGGCCUUCUGCUAGAGGAUUGCGGAAGCUAUUCACUUGUACUGGCGAAAAAAAUGUGAAAAUUCUUUAUGGAAAUUGCAGUUACCAGAUUGAAGAUGAUCUCUUGAGGGAGAGUCGUCCCUGUCUAGCUAUGUUGGGCGGGAGUUGGUGGGGUACCUGGGGUGUUAAGGGGGCCUUGCGGGUGCGAGUGCAGUAUGGGAUCGAGAUCGUGAUAUGGAAUAUACUACACAAUAUUACAAUGGUCAUGACAUGAGGCGAGGGCUGCAAGGAAAGAAAAAAAAAAGCACAGUAAGCGCUUUCUCUUCUCGAAUUGCACAUCAAUACCGCAAGAGGAUUGGUGUCUGGCCGGAUGGGUGAGCCGGUGGGUGAGUCCCUUGUGGGUUUAUAGUACGAAUGCCUGGCUGCUUAAAAGCCAGGAUCUAGACUGCAGCAUUUCGAAUAUGGGAUCAAACGACCAUGGCUCAAGGAACCACAUAUUCCUUCCCGCGUUGCUGGGCCUCUGGUGGGCACCGUGGUCUGAACAAGGGAGCCCUCCAUUUUUAUGGGUGAUACGGAUAAGCCAUGGAUACCGGUAUUCUAUAAUAAGGGAGCACUGUACCGGUACUUGCGCAGCACAUGUCAAAUCACCAGUCGGAUAUACCGGCAUUAAGUUUUGUACUCAAGCUCUCGCGUGCUGACGGCACUAGUGGUUAGACAACGUGCGAGGGGGGGAGGAUCUCCCUUGUUGCGGCUAUAGUACCGAACGAGCCGGUAGGGGUGGCGAAGGGAAAGGAAAAAUACGGACAAAAAAAAGAGUUCUUGUUGUUGAAACGUAUGAUAUAAAAAGGUUCUUGAAAGGUGAAUGCCGUAGUCUACCGGUAACUGAUGUGGGGACACGAAAGUAGGAGGGGAAAGAGGAGAAGGGAAGAAAACCAACAACCAGGUUUCGGGUUCUUUAUUCCGGGGCAGAUGUUAGGAGAAGAGGGGUUUGUGGGGUGGUAGGAUGUCGUUGAAAUAAGAGUUGUUCUCCACUCUCGCCUCGUAAGGGAGACGUUGGGCGUUGGAUUUGGCGAAUGGUCGAGAGCUCCGUUUAGCUGGGAAACCCACAUUGCUAAAUUUCCUUGAUGUUUGGAUGCGUGGGGAUUUGUGGCGGGCUCCACUUUUUCCCCUCCUGUUUUUUUUCCUUUUUCCCAUGUUUCGAGAAACUGGCACGUUCCACUACCGUACUAGUACACGUGUACAGUACCAGUACAGGUACAAGUACCGGUACUUGCAUCUCGCAGGGUGGUACCGGUAAGUCAGUCCUGGCACUUGAGUUGGUUGGGAUUACCGGCAAGUUACCGGUAUCAUGCUUGUACAAGUAUUUGUUCCUGAAGUGUGGCGUUGUCACGGGUAAAGUGGAAAAUGGCUUUACUGGGGAUCUGACCCAACCAAAAAUGGACGUAGGAUACUGCGGACGGAUGUCUUUGAAUUUUAAUUCUUCUUUUUUUUUUAAUUUUCGCGCACUGCGAGUAUUUCCUCCUGAUACCCCUUGCGCGGUGCGGUAUUGAUGCUAUAUUUGCCCUAGAGCUGCUCCCACUCGUGAGUGAUGAUGCGGAUAGGGGCUUGGAGCCCAAGCGUUUAGUACUGUACCGGUACGAGUACUGCGAAAAGUGAAAUGGUUUAACCUAGAAUAUCAC